CCCCUCUAAUGUCGAGAGCAUGUUGUAUUUUCUUCAUUUGUGAGCAUAAACAUAUGAUAUGAGCUGUAGUUUGUAUUUACUGGAGCAGUUUGGUAGCGGUGGUUAUAGUUUGGUUUACUGAGGGACUAACAGGAUCAGUGAUUAGUGUAGCGGCUCUGUAAGAAUCACUACACUCUGUACACUACUGCUCUCUGUAAACUAAACAUGAAGAGCAUUUGUACCUAGAGAUGGGGGAUGAUGAGAAGAAGAUUAAAAAGCCAGGUAUCGUGUCUCCAUUAAAGCGUGUGUUUUUAAAAGGCGAGAAAGGGAGAGAGAAAAAAGUUCAAGAGAAGAGCACUGAGCGCAGGGCUCUGCACACCUUCUCGCUUUCUAUUCCAGACCACAGAAUUGACCCGGACAUCCUGCUCAACGACUACAUCGAAAAAGAAGUCAAGUAUCUGGGGCAGCUAACCUCAGUACCAGGAUACCUCAAUCCCUCCAGCCGCACUGAGGUUCUGCAGCUUGUUGACAAUGCCAGGAAGUCUCACCAGCUGGCGGGUCAGCUGACUUCGGAGCAGGAUGCCGUUGUCAGUCUCUCGGCAUAUAACGUUAAGUUGGUGUGGCGUGAUGGAGAAGACAUCAUCCUGAGAGUGCCCAUUCAUGAUAUCGCCGCUGUUUCCUACAUCCGGGAUGACUCUCUGCACCUGGUGGUUUUGAAAACAGCUCAAGAGCCAGGAGGAUCUCCGUGUCCCAGUACAUGUCCAGAGCUGUCAAAGUCUCCUACUCUAAGCUCUUUGUCUGAGAGCGGAGCUUUGGAUGUCUGCUGCCUACUUGUGUUGGCUGUUGAGAACAAGGCAGCAGCAGAAGAACUUUGUCUUCUCCUCAGCCAGGUUUUCCAGAUAGUCUACACAGAAUCUACCAUUGACUUCCUGGACAGGACCAUUGACUUCCUUGAUGAAACCACAACGCCCACCCGGCACCCACUCUCUCUGUACAGCGAUGAUGACUCAAGCAAGGAAGUUAAGACAUUUGAAGGAGGGCCGGGCACAUUCUUGUGUCCAAGCCCUCUUGAGACAGCGGAACAUUCUCCCUGCUCAUCGCCUUCAUCCACACCAGCAUCCCCACAAGACAAAACUGCCAGUGAGGGUGAACUAAGCACAACAGCAACAGAAAUGCUCCAGGACUACAUGACAACGCUGAGAACUAAACUGUCUUCUCAGGAGAUUCAGCAGUUUGCUACACAUUUACAUGAGUACAGGAAAGGUGCCUAUAUUCAUGAAUUCUGCAUUAACUUGCGGCAACUCUACGGCGACAGCAGGAAGUUCCUCCUACUGGGUCUCAGGCCUUUCAUCCCAGAAAAGGACAGUCAACACUUUGAGAACUUUCUUGAAACCAUCGGUGUAAAGGACGGCCGAGGCAUCAUCACCGACAGUUUUGGUCGCUACAGACGCACGCCCAGCUCUGCUUCCGACUCCACCACUAACGGCAAUGGAGCAGCAGGAGGUUCAGAUGAAGGAACUGUACCUUCUGAAGCAGAUGAGUGGGACCAGAUGAUUUCUGAUAUCAGUAAUGACAUCGAGGCUUUAGGGUGCAGUAUGGACCAGGACGGGGUGUCACCCUAAAAAUAAAACCUGCAUGGUUUGAAUUAGCCAAUCAGCAUUUCACAUAGACUGUUCAUGGUCGACUGGUCUAUGUCAUUUGAUUGAAAUGUGGAUAAUUGUGACUGUGACCAUGUGACUGAUAUUCUUAAUGGAUUAUGGUGCUUUUUGAGACACUUGAAGUGGUUGAGGACUUUCUGUAGCUGGCAUGGCGCAGUUAGUUUCGUCAGUGUUUAUUGGCAGUAUCUGCUAUCAGUGAUGCAAUGUUGCCUUUUCAAGCUGAUCUGAGACCAGCUUUUGAGGUUUCUCCUAUGAAGGGGUUAUGUUGAAUCCAAGAUUUAAAAUUCUGCUUUCAUGUUUUCAUGGCAAAUCACUGUUGUAAUUUGAUUCUAAACCUGGGACUAAGGAGCAGUAAAGCAAGUGGGAUUGCUUGAUUUUUUUAAUUCUUUGUGUAUUUAAAAAUGACCCAUUUAGGUUAAGAAUACCAAACUGAGUCAUGGUCUUAGAGUCUGGUUAUUUCUGUAAAUCAGAUGUGACUAAAAUUCAGCUGGUUUUCUGUCCCAGUUUAGCUGUCCCGGUUGAACCUUGAUCCAAAAGUGCUUUUCAUUUUUUGUAUGUAUAAACUCUUUAAUCUAAGUGUUACUCUAUUGUACUGCAUAGCAUUUUAAACAUACUAUAUGGACAAGAAUUGGGGGACCCGCAGGAGCUUUUGUGAUAUCACAUACUAAUUCCAUAAGCAUUAAUACAGAUUUAUUCCCCCCUUUUGCAGCUAUAAGAGCUUCCACUCUUCUGGGAUAGCUUUUGGAGUUUAUGUGAAUUUUUUUCCAGUUUAUCCAGAAGUGCAUUUGAGAGGUCAGACACUGAUGGAUAAGAGAGUCUGGCUUGCAGUCUUCAUUCUAGUACAUCUCAAAGGUGGUCGAUGGGGUUGAGGUCAGGGCUCAAUGUGGGCUGGUCAAGUUCCACACUAGCAUUGUUUAACCUUAUGGACCUCGCUUUGUGCAAUGGGACACAUUCAUCCUUGAACAGAAAAGGGUCCUUCCCAAACUGUUCCCACAAAGUUAGAAGCAUACAGUUGUCUUUUGUGUUACUCAGUGUGCUGAAGCAUUAAGAUUUCGUGCCACUGCAACUAAUGCCUAGUUCACACUACACGAUUUUUGCCCAGAUUUUUGCCUGCCGACUGGUCGCUGCUCAGGGAUCAAAAUUCGGCUCUCGAUCGCUAUGUGUGAACUGCUCAACGACUCGAUCCGAGCGGCUCGCCGAGCGCGCCGACUGAAGAGAGAUAUCUAGCAUGCUAAAUAUCUGGAUAUCAGUUGGGCGACUUGCAGGGGAGGAGCUGUAAAACGUGGGACAGGGGCAUGAUAUUGUUUCUGUCAGAAUACAUCGCGCACACACGUUUUACAGUAUUUCUGAACUUAUUGUUCUCGACAAAACAUAAUACCAACUUUGCAUUGCAAAAAAACUACAGAACAGACAAUCCCUGCUGGUCGCGUAGCCAAACCAACUCGGAUUUAUUUCUUUUUCCUCUUUGCUUUUAUGUAGUUCGGGAGACCAAACAGACUUACCUGCGAUUCCUUCUUAUGGUAGAUCGUGUAGUGUGAAACCCCCUAUUGCUGAUCAGUCAAGUACUGUGAAAUACACGACUGAUAAGACUCCCGAGUGCAAGAGAUCCAGUUGUGUAGUGUGAACUGUACAGCGAUCCGAACAACUUGAAAGUCGUGUAGUGUGAACUUGGCAUAAGGCACCUAUUAUUAUCAUUAUUUACAGUUGACACAAUGCACUCAGACAGGUAACAAUCCCCUGGAAUUUGCCAAACAUCAGACUGCAUAAUACAGACAUGAUUUAACUCUCCACAUAACACAUUUCCACUGCUCCAGAGUCCAGUGGUGGUGUUCUUUACAACCCAUUUUUCACAAAUGUUUGUAAAGGCAGACUAUGGCUAGGUGCUUGAUUUUUAUACCUGUGGCAAUGGGACUGAAGCGAUGUGUCCCAAUACUUUUGUCCAUAUAGUGUAUUUUACUAUUACAUUUUUUACAACUAGUGCUGGUUGUAAGUAUCCCCUAUAUAUUAAGUGCACCAGGUAGAGAAUGUAGCUCUGUAUAUUUUUUUUUUAACUUGGAGUAUUUGGAGCUUUGACAAGGCCAUUUGAUUGGCUGAUAAAGUCUCCAAAUUUUUGUUACAUCUUUAUCUUGUUUUAUGGUUUUGGUAGCCGGGCAUCGUGCCUUGCAAUACAACUGCCUAUUGUAUUCUCCAGCAGGGAUGUAAGAAUGAUUCUGUAAUCUGUACAGACUGUUACAGAGUUGUAUUAAAUAUAUUGUUCACUA